ACGAGCGGGACGCGGUGCAGAAGAAAACCUUCACCAAGUGGGUGAACGCCCACCUGGCCCGGGCCGCGUGUCGGGUGGGGGACCUGUACGUGGACCUGAGGGACGGCUUCGUCCUCACCCGCCUGCUCGAGGUGCUCUCGGGGGAGAGCCUGCCUGGUGAGGGCACCUUCAGCUUCAUCAGCUUCAUCGUCAUCUUCAUCAUCUUCAUCUUCAUCAUCAUCUUCAUCAUCGUUAUCAUUGUCAUCAUCUUCAUCAUUGUCAUCAUCAUCAACGUCAUCUUCACCCACCUGCUCGAGGUGCUCUCGGGGGAGAGCCUGGGGCACCACUUGGGCACCUUCAUCUUCAUCGUCAUCUUCAUGAUCAUCUUCAUUGUCAUCAUCAUCAUCAUCAUCAUCAAAUCAACAUCGUCAUCAUCAAGUCAACAUCAUCAUCGUCAAAUCAACAUCAUCAUCGUCAAAUCAACAUCAUCAUCGUACCCCGAGGUGAACAUCCAGAACUUCACCACCAGCUGGAGGGACGGCCUGGCCUUCAAUGCCCUCAUCCACCGGCACAGGCCGGACCUCGUGGACUUCGCCAAGCUGACCAAGUCCAACGCCACCCACAACCUGCAGGUGGCCUUCAACACGGCCGAGCAGCACCUGGGGCUCAGCAAGCUGCUCGACCCCGAGGACGUGAACAUGGAGGACCCCGAUGAGAAGUCCAUCAUCACCUACGUCGUGUCCUUCUACCACUACUUCUCCAAGAUGAAGGCGCUGGCCGUGGAGGGGAAGCGCAUCGGGAAGGACAACUUCGGCUACGACCUGCCGGCGGUGGAGGCGGCCAUGAAGAAGCACGAGGCCAUCGAGGCCGACAUCUCCUCGUACCAGGAGCGCAUCCAGGUGGUGGUGGAGCUGGCCCUGGAGAUGGAGGCCGAGGGCUACUACGACACCAAGAGGAUCAGCGCCCAGAAGGACAACAUCCUGCGCCAGUGGGGCCUCCUCACCCAGCUGGUGGCGGCCCGGAGAGCCCGCCUGGAGCAGAACCUGGCCCUGCAGAAGAUCUUCCAGGAGAUGGUCUACAUGAUCGACUGGAUGGAGGAGAUGCAGGUCCUCCUGGUGUCCAAGGACCUGGGCAAGCACCUGCUGGAGGUGGAGGACCUGCUGCAGAAGCAGGGCCUGCUGGAGGCCGACAUCGCCGCCCAGACCGAGCGGGUCCAGGCCCUCAACGCCGCCGCCCUCACCUUCUCCGAGCUGGAGGGCUACCAACCCUGCGACCCCCAGAUCAUCUGCAACCGCGUCCACCACGUGCGCUCCUGCCUGGAGGAGCUGGCCCAGCUGGCGGCCAAACGCCGCAAGGAGCUGGAGGAUUCCCGCCAGCUCUGGACCUUCUUCCAGGAGAUGGAGGAGGCCGAGGCCUGGAUGGGCGACAAGGAGAAGAUCUUGGCCCACAAAACCUGCGGCCGCGACCUCAGCAGCGUCACCGCCCUGGCGGCCGAGCACCGGGCCAUGCUGGGCGAGCUGGGCAAGCGGCGGGCACUGCUCCACCAGAGCCUCAAGAAAGGGGAGAAGCUCCUGGCCCGCCGACCCCCGGGGGGAGGAGGAGGGGGAGGCGGCUCGGGGGGCGUCCGGGAGCGGCUCCGCUCCGUCUGCCUGCGCUGGAAGAAGCUGGAGGAGCUCACCGGGCUCCACCAGCGGCGCCUGGAGGAGGCCUCGGCCUUCUUCCAGUUCCUGGCCGAGACGGACGAGCUGGCGGCCUGGCUGCGCUCGGCCUUCCGCGUGGCGGCCAGCGACGACUUCGGGCACGACGAGCACUCGAGCCGGGCGCUGCUGCGGCAGCACCGGGCGCUGGUGGAGGAGCUGGAGAAGCAGCGGGAGGCGGUGCUGGCGCUGCGGGGGCAGCUGGCGCUGCUGGCGCCCGACCACCGGCAGGGGGUGGAGGCGCAGAUCAGGGUGGUGGAGGCCGAGCAGCUGUUCGGGGAGGUGGCCGAGGUGGCCGUGCUGAGGACGCAGUGGCUGCAGGACGCGCUGGCCGUCUACGGGCUGCUGGGGGAGGUGGACGCGUGCGAGGCGUGGCUGGACGAGAAGGAGCAGUGGCUGGGGGGGAUGGAGGUGCCCGAGGAGCUGGAUGAGGUGGAGGUGGUGCAGCACAG